AUAAUAGUCCUUGGCUGUGCACAAAGUCUUGUGUACUGCCCACACUCUCUUCUCUAUCUCUUCCAUGGGCUUCAAUUCAACCCUUUCUAUAAGCCGCCGCAGCCGCCGCUACUAGUCGUCGUCUCCAAUACCGGCCUUCGUCUUCGGCAUUCAUCGUACUGGACCACACUGAUCGACUCUCUUACAUAUGGGCGAACAAACCCAAGUUCAGGCUCCGACCCAACAACAACAACAAGACCAGCCUCAGACCCACACCCAAACCCAAACCCAGAAUCAGCCCCUUCAUGAAUCCCCCUCCACCACCACUACCACCACCGCCUCCAUUAACGCCACCACGAUAGCCCCAACCAGCGAUUCACCCACCGAACUGAGCAAUGCUCCAGCCCAAUCCUCUUCCCCUCCUUCCAAAAUCCCUUUCCGUCCCCGCAAAAUUCGCAAGCUUUCCCCUGAUAACUCCUCCGACCCUAAAUCCUCCUCCUCUCAAAUCGUCGUCGUUCCCGAAAACCCCAAACCCACCAAGUCCAAGAUCGUACAGCAACGCGCCGCCGUGACCUUGCCGAAGAUCGCGGCCCGAUCUCUCUCCUGCGAAGGUGAAGUCGAAAUCGCGCUCCGCCAUUUGCGAAACGCCGAUCCACUACUGGCUCCUCUGAUCGACAUCCACCAGCCUCCGACUUUCGACAGCUUCCACACCCCGUUUCUUGCCCUGACGAAAAGCAUUCUCUACCAGCAGCUCGCUUACAAAGCCGGCACGUCAAUCUACACGCGCUUCAUAUCUCUCUGCGGCAGCGAAGCCGGUGUCGUGCCCGAGACGGUUCUUGCCCUAACCCCUCAGCAGCUUAGGCAAAUUGGGGUUUCGGGUCGUAAAGCUAGCUACCUCCAUGACCUUGCGAGGAAGUACCAGAAUGGGAUUCUUUCUGAUUCGGCGAUUGUAAAUAUGGACGACAAAUCGCUGUUCACAAUGCUAACGAUGGUUAAUGGGAUUGGAUCAUGGUCUGUUCACAUGUUCAUGAUUUUCUCGCUUCACAGACCCGAUGUGCUUCCCGUGAACGAUCUUGGGGUUCGCAAAGGUGUCCAGCUUCUUUACAAUCUCGAAGAGUUGCCUCGGCCCUCUCAGAUGGACCAGUUGUGCGACAAGUGGAGGCCUUACCGGUCAGUCGCUGCAUGGUAUAUGUGGAGGUUUGCUGAAGCGAAAGGUGCUCCUUCCAGCGCUGCAGCAGUGGCUGCCGGUGCUAGUCUGCAGCAGCAGCAACAACAACAGGGUGAGCCACAGCACCCGCAGCAACCUCAGCUAAUGGAUCCCCUUAACAUUCUAAAUAUUGGAGAUAUAAUUCAGGUUGAAAACUGGAAGCUAGAGUCCUCUUUCCUUUGAGAAGAUACAAGUUGGACUCUAAAGAUUCUAUUCCAUGCACUUGGGUAAUGGAGAGGAAGCUAGAUGACUACAUGCCCCUAGGCACAAUGUUCAGGGCCGGCCAUGGAUAACCAAUUUAGGGCGUGUGCCUGGGGGCAAUGAUCGGGAUUGGAAAUGAGAAGUUGUCUUUUAUCGGUCUCCGUCUCUUAUCCGAUCUCAGGCUUUGAAAGUAAUUUUUCCAGCAGUGCAAGAACAGUUAGGGAUGAUGAAAUUUUGGUGCUUAAAAGCUCCAACAUUUAAGGGUAUCAGAGAUGAGACUAUGUUAUGAAUUCUAUUAAGUCACUAUGCUUUUGGAGUAAAUAAAAAUUGUUUAUGCUUAAUUUUUAUUGUCGUUAGUUAAAAUCAGAAACAUCAUAAACUUUAAGUUGUCCAUAAGUCCUUAUUUCUUAAUAGAAAGCAGUGGUUCAACCCUUUGAAUGUGA